AAAAAAGGUUACCCAGCAACGAGACAUAACAACUGGAUCCAUCAGCUUGAAGAGAAAGAAGAGGUACCGUAGGCAAUUCUUUCCAAGGAAAUGUCGAUUCCUUUCUCCAACACCCACUACCGAAUUCCACAAGGAUUUGGAAAUCUUCUUGAAGGGCUGACACGGGAGAUUCUGAGGGAGCAGCCGGACAAUAUACCAGCUUUUGCCGCAGCAUACUUUGAGAACCUUCUAGAGAAAAGAGAGAAAACCAGCUUUGACCCAGCAGAAUGGGGCGCUAAGCUGGACGACCGCUACUAUAACAAGCACACGUUCAAGGAGCAAGAACAAUCUGAGAUAUGUGAAAAAGAAACGGGCAAGUCUGGGCGAGAAGAAACACCAGUUACUGUCUUUGAGGAGUCUACUGAGGAAGAAAGAGAAAAGGAGGAGCAUGCUGCUCUCAAAAUCCAAGCAGCCUUUCGGGGACAUGUGGCCAGAGAAGAGGUAAAGAAAAUGAAGUCAGAGAAAGAGGAAAAGAAGUGAGGCCACAAGUUUUACCACCCCCCCCCCAGAAAACAUGAAAAAGUAAUCCAAAUCCAUCAAUGUUGUGAUUGUCUUUUUUCCUCAGUAAGAAAGACUUGAUGUGGAAUAACAUUUGUUGCUGUUGUGAAAAGCUGACAUGAACAUUUGUUUAAUAAACAUGCCAUUGAAACACACCCGUUGAAGAUUUCCCUGGGAACAGUCUUGGCUAUACUUGUCCCAAGCCUAUGUAUAAACACAUUUGAAUUCAGCAUCUGAAUAGUAAUGUCUAAGAUGUGAGAGACCUUGGGUCGUGUGGCCUAAUACCCACUGAGUAACGCUUU